AAUUAAAACAGUAAAGUGGGUUUAUGGUUUAUCCGCCGCUCUUUGUUUUCUCCGCUCUCUCAUUUUCCUCCUAACUCCCAACGGAUUCUUCGAGGUUCAUCUCUUUCUUUUAUACCUUCUUCUUCAGAUCUCUCUUUCCUUCUUUCUCUACAAUUCCAUUUCCACUCUCUCUCUCAAAAUGCAAUCCUCUCUCUCACUCUCCUUGUCUCCCGCAUCAUCUGCCACCACAAUCUCCAGAUCACAUCACUCUUUUCCACUCUCCACCGGCACCAAUCCUCUCAACCUCCGUUUCUGCGGUUUCAGACGCCAGUCCUUGGGUUUAGGUUUUUCAACCUCUCUCAACCGUAAUCUCCACCAGCUUCUCCGUCGUCAAUACUCCGCCGUAGUAUCCGCUGCGCGCUCUGACAAUGGCAGCACUUAUGGAUCAUCCUUCGAUUACGAUUCGUUGAUAACUGGUGCUGGUGUUGGUGGUCACGGUGUGGCUCUUCAUGCUGUUGAAAAGGUUUCUUCUGCUGGGUAUGAUAAACAAGGAAUAGCUGAUUAUGCUAAUAAUCUUGCUUCAAAAUUCCGUAGUAAUUUGACAAACUCCCUAGUGACAGGAGUAGACAUACUUACUGGUUUUGGUAUUGAUGAUACAAAUGACACAAAUGAAGACAAAACAAAUGUUACUAAUCUAGAAAGAUCUAACGAACUCACUGCGAAUAAAGAUUAUAGCCAUUUGUGGGUUCAGUGCGAAGAUUGUUAUGGAUUAAAUUAUAAGAGAUUUUUGAAAGAAAAAAUGAAUAUCUGCGAACACUGUGGAUAUCAUUUGAAAAUGAACAGUUCAGAUAGAAUCGAACUUUUGAUUGAUCCAGGUACUUGGAAUCCUAUUGAUGAAUAUAUGGUCUCUCUGGAUCCCAUCGAAUUUCAUUCAGAAGAGGACCCUUAUCGUCUUGAUCCUUAUCAACAAAAAACAGGAUUACUAGAGGCAGUUCAAACAGGCACAGGUCAACUACAUGGUAUUCCUGUAGCAAUUGGUAUUAUGGAGUUUGAGUUUAUGGGGGGUAGUAUGGGAUCCGUAGUGGGUGAGAAAAUUACUCGGUUGAUUGAAUAUGCUACCAAUCAACGCUUACCUCUUAUUAUAGUAUGUGCGUCCGGAGGAGCGCGUAUGCAAGAAGGAAGUUUGAGCUUAAUGCAAAUGGCUAAAAUUUCUUCUGCUUUACAUGAGUAUCAAACCAAUCAAAAGUUAUUCUAUGUACCGAUACUUACAUCUCCUACAACUGGUGGAGUAACAGCUAGUUUUGGGAUGUUGGGGGAUAUCUGUAUUGUCGAACCAGACGCAACCAUUGCAUUUGCAGGUAAAAGAGUAAUUGAACAAACGUUGAAUCUGGAAGUGCCUGAAGGUUCACAAUCGGCUGAAUUUUUAUUCGAAAAGGGUUUAUUUGAUUCAAUGGUGCCGCGUAAUCUUUUAAAGGAGGUUUUAAGUGAGUUAUUUCAGUUCCAUGGUUUCUUUCCUUUGACUCCAAAUGAAAAAGGAGAAGAUACAUAUGAAGCUGAAAAUGUGGUUUAGAAAGAAGUGUUUUUUAUUGUUUGGCAGUUAAUUUGUAGAUUAUUUACAUAAAUUCUUCUUUGUGCUGAAUAUUUUUAUUUUAGAUCAUGAUCAAAUGACACCAAGGUGUCAAAUGAACCUUGACACCAAAUCCUAUCCUUUGAUUUAUGUUAAUCCAAUGGAUGAUAUUAAUUCACUUAGGUUA